AUGGGCUGGCUAUUAUAUACGCCUAUUGUCCUGUUUACCGCAUCUCUCUAUCCCUGGGCGAAAUCCUCCUCACACACGUACUCACACGCGCAGGCUCACAAAAGCGCGCCGUUUCUCGCUGCCUCAGUGUGUUACUCACUCGGAUCAUAUCGGUCCUGGCCAGAAUAUAUUUACUGUGCACGGACAGGAACAAAGCCACUGCGUCCGUGUGUGUUUCCCUCUUCCGCCAGCCCUAGCUGCAUCGCGUGUGCCGCUCGUUGUAUGCCGUUCUGUCCACCCGGGCAGACUGUGACUGGACAAAAUUGGCGCACGGACCGAGCUCUUGUGAACUGUAGCCACACCAAUCAGCUGGAAAGUGGGUGCAUUUGCGUCCUUUCGCCGCUCAUCACUCCCUCGUUGGGCCAGCAUUUCUGUUCCCCUCUUCCUCGAGCCUCGGCCCCACUUUUCCCUUUCCCGGUCCUCGUCUCACCUCGGCCAAUUCUCGUCCACUCUCCCUCUGCCCACACCUUAUUCCCCCCAAAUUUGCCUCGAAGUCAUUGUGACAGGUGA